CACAGUACAUUGAACUGAAGGCUGAGGAGGACGAGGUUUUUCUUGUGUUGUAUCAAAGGUCAAAAUAUAUGAAAGCAGCAGAUCAGCAUAGCAGUAUACUGCUUGUCUUUUUUUAAGUAGCAGGUGGAGGAGGAGGAACAGGAGGCCAUGGAUGCAGACAGCACAAAGGACAUUGAGUCUCUUAUGGAGGACAUGGACUACAUCCCUGGCCAUUUCCACCUGGACCUCAACCUAAACUGUGAUCCUGUGGGGCCUGUGAAACUGAGACUCAGGGACACCUACCUAAAACAGGAGAGUCUGCGAGGCGAGCUGGAGGCCGAGGCCGGGUAUCUACAGUACGCUGUGCGAAAUCUGCUGGGUCUACUAGCUUUCCAUCUGGAACACCUGGACACAGCAGAGGAAAUAUUCAGAAGCAUUUGUAAAGAAGACCCUGGUAACCUCAAUGCUUGGGCCAACCUGGGCUAUGUGUACGACAAGCUGAGGAGAGAGUUGGAUGCAGGGGAGUGUGUGGAGAAAGUGUCCCACCUUAUGGGCUUAGACGGUGGAGAGGCCUCUCAGGAAGAGGCCAGGCUCCUGGCGGCUCGCUGCCUGGCUGAGCAGGCUUACGUCUAUCCGUAUGAUGUGGAGCUGGACAGUGAGGACGACAUGAGAGAUAGACUGACAGCAGCACUGACACUUUACAACAGAGCUCUUGACUAUGGGGGUCAGCUGAUACCUAAAGAGGAAAAACGAAGCUGGUAUUUUAAAAUGGCAACCAUCUAUAUAAGACUGGAUGACAUAGUGAAGACCAAAGACGACUCAGAAUACUCCAGACUCUCUCACUACAAUAAGGGACUGAAGCUUCUCAAAGAAACACUAGAAUCUGAGAAAAUACAGCACCAAGCUCUUGCCUGGUGUUAUGUUGGCAUCAUGUUGGAGAGGAAAGAAGAGUUCAGCACUGUGCCCAUGUCUAUACAUGACUGUGGCUACUCCGCCUCUGAUCCCCUGUCCUGCUAUGGAACUGCCAUAAACUUGGCGACUGAUGAUGCAUUCACCCUAAACCUUUUGGCAAAAGUCUUCUUUCUGCUGGGCAAACAUGAGAUGGCAACAGGGAUCUGCAACAUGGCCCUGAACGUGCUUCCAGAUCCGGAGCUCAACUGGCAGGCUUACUGCACCCGUGCCAAGAUCAAUAUGAUGCUCUAUGUCAGGGACCUGGAGAAGGCAAAACAUGGGGAAGGUGGAAUCCCAGACCGACAGAGGCUAACUGAGGCCAGAAAAGACUUGGACAAGGUCUUAAGUGUACGUCCAUGUCUGCGGACUCACCUGGAGAUGGCACAAGUAUACUACUACAUGGGUGUAGAUGCACUCCAGGAGAGUCUUUUGGUGGAUGAGGCAGCAGUGAACAGUGCGUUGGUGAGUCUUUCCCAUGCCCUGCAGUUCCAUCUGAGUGACAGCUUGCCAGAUCUCCAUGUGCUUCGAGGACGCUGCCUCCUACUAAAAGGUGAGGAGCAGAAUGCCGCAGACUGCUUCAAACAGGCUAUGGAGUUGGAGAAACCAGGGAGCACAGACACCACAGCCCUGCGCUGCCUCCUGCAGGCCCUUCUGACUCUGUUCAUGCAGGGAGGCUCUGACCCAAGCCUCGCCAUCACCCAACUGGAGCAGUGUGUGCAAAAGGCAGAAGAGAGGUAUCCUGAGGACAUUGUGAAGUCCGAAUUAAGGUGCCUUUACAGGACUCACACAGCAGAGGUCACAGAGUUAUCAAGGGCUCUGAUCAGAACAGGCAGACUGGACUUGGUGAGGAGGCUCCUGGAGACAGUGGUGCCUAAACAACCGGUUAAGAAGAAUCCAAAGACUAGGUCUUUCUUCUUGUCAUGAUGCAAUAUGUGACUUUAAUUCAGGCACAUGACCUACGACAUGCAGUGAUUGAUGAACUUCUUGACAGCAUUUCACAGAUGAAAAUGAGCAGCAGCAAUACACUGUAAUUAAGCUGUUUUUGAUGUAACUGUGUUGUUUUUAAGCUGUGAUUUUUCUAUUUUUAACUUCUGGAAAGGCUGGAUCUAAAGAAUAACCCACACUUACAGUGUUACAACACAGAGGUAUAUUCCCUUUAAGCUCACUUUACCAAAAAAAAUUGCUGUAGCAAUAACUGUUAGGUGUAUUUAUAACAAAAUGGCUGUUGUCAGGGUCCCUCAUUUGUCUGUCCACAGUGGCUGUAUAAAUGACAAAUGAAUAGUUUACAACACAAGCAGUCUUAUUUUUGCUAAGUUAUAUUUAAAUCAUGUCACACACUACCUCUCCUUGUGUUUGAAUGUUGAUGCUCUGCUGUGAUGACCAACAGAUGGGGCAAUAGACCAUUAAGAUGUUACCUGGUAUAUAAAAGGUUCUGUUUGGGCAAUGAAUAAAAGACCAGUUUUGGAA